AUCUCGGGCCUAAAAAAACCUCACCACACCGAGCAUUUUUCCUCAGUCCCCGCAGUCGGUCAGUCCCCACUGUCAUUCCUCCCAUGGCCACCGUGCUUUCCCUAGUCCUCCUCCUGCUCCCGGUCGCCACCGACGCGCUCACCGCCGACGGCCAGGCGCUGCUCGCCUUCAAGGCCGCCGUCCUGCGGGACCCCACGGGGGCCCUUGCCGACUGGAACAACUCCACCGACGACCCCUGCUCCUGGAACGGCGUCGCCUGCGACCGCGGCACCCGCCGCGUCGUCGCGCUCUCCCUUCCCAGGAAGGGUCUGGUCGCCGCCCUCCCUGCGUCCGCGCUCCCGGACUCUCUGCGCCACCUCAAUCUCCGCAGCAACCGUCUCUUUGGCGCCCUCCCGCCGGCGCUCGUCGCAGGCGCCGUGGGGCUCCAGAGCCUCGUCCUCUCAGGGAACCAACUCUAUGGCCUCGUCCCCCGGGAACUCGGGGACUUGCCGUACCUCCAAAUCUUGGACCUGUCCUCCAACUCCCUCAAUGGCUCCCUCCCCGGGUCGAUCCUGAAAUGCAGGCGCCUCCGCACGCUGGCGCUCGGCCACAACAACCUUAGAGGCCCGCUCCCACCGGGCUUCGGCCGGGAGCUCUCGGCACUGGAGCGGCUCGAUUUGUCCUACAACCGGUUUUCAGGCGGCAUCCCGGAGGAUAUCGGGAACCUGUCCAGGCUCGAGGGAACAGUGGACCUGUCGCACAAUGACUUCUCCGGGUUGAUCCCGGCGACUCUUGGGAAAUUACCGGAGAAGGUAUACAUUGAUCUCACGUUUAACAACCUGUCCGGGCCAAUCCCACAGAAUGGGGCGCUGGAGAACCGUGGCCCGACGGCGUUCAUGGGCAACCCAGGGCUCUGCGGUCCGCCACUCAAGAACCCAUGCUCGCCGGACGCCAUGCCAUCAUCCAAGCCUGGGGAGUCGGCGCCAGCCAGUUCCGGGGGCAAGGGGUUGGGGAAGGUUGCCAUUGUGGCCAUUGUUCUGAGUGAUGUGGUGGGGAUCUUGAUCAUUGCCCUGGUGUUCUUGUACUGCUAUCGGAGGACAGUGUUUCCCAGAGAGAAGGGACAGGGUGGGGCUGCUGGCUCUAAAGGCUCAAGGUCUGGCAAGGAUUGCGGGUGUUUUAGAAGGGACGAAUCUGAGACGGCGUUGGACCAGGAAGAGCAGUAUGAUCUUGUGGUGUUGGAUCGGCAAGUGAGGUUUGAUCUCGAUGAGUUGCUCAAGGCAUCGGCUCUUGUGCUCGGGAAGAGCGGGAUUGGGAUUGUGUAUAAGGUGGUUCUCGAGGACGGGCUCAGUAUGGCAGUGAGGCGGCUUGGUGAGGGAGGGUUGCAGAGGUUUAAGGAGUUCCAGACUGAGGUUGACGCUAUUGGCAAGGUCCGGCAUCCCAACAUUGUUACCCUGAAGGCCUACUACUGGUCUUCUGAUGAGAAGUUGCUGAUAUAUGAUUACAUCUCUAAUGGCAGCCUCUCUGCAGCAAUUCAUGGUAAACCUGAGUCAAUGACAUUCUCACCAUUGCCAUGGGAUGCACGUCUUAAGAUCAUGAAAGGAGUCGCCAGUGGGAUGUCCUUCUUACAUGAAUUUAGUCCUAAAAAGUAUGUACAUGGGGACUUGAGGCCAAACAAUGUUCUUCUUGGUACGGGGAUGGAACCUUAUAUUUCAGAUUUUGGCCUUGGGCGACUUGCAAAUAUUGCUGGAGGAGGAUCACCCUUUGCGGAGUCAGAUCGAGAUGGUUUAGAAAAGGCUCAGAUUCAGCACCCAGAUGCCUCAGUGUGCCCUAUUUUGAGCAAAGGUCCAUGCUACCAAGCACCAGAAGCGCUGAUAACACUGAAACCAUCACAGAAAUGGGAUGUCUACUCCUAUGGUGUGAUCUUGCUCGAAAUAAUUACUGGCAGAUCGCCAGUUGUUCUCUUGGAAACUAUGCAGAUGGACCUUGUUCAAUGGGUUCAGUUCUGUAUAGAAGAGAAGAAAGAAUCUGCUGAUGUGCUAGAUCCUUUCCUCGCCAGGGAGUCUGAAAGGGAAGAUGAGAUGAUCGCUGUACUCAAGAUCGCUCUCGCUUGCAUUCAGGCGAAUCCUGAGAGGAGGCCGUCGAUGAGGCAUGUCACACAAACCUUGGAGCGCCUGAACGUUUCAAGCUAGAAAUUGAGGCGUUGUCAUUGCAGAGAACAUAUGAUCACUGUACAGCUCAAGCAUGUCACCUUGGGGUGACCUCAAGCUAGUUAACUAUGUAAACGAAAUCUCUUUUUUCCCCACGGCUAGGCCCUUACAAGUUCAGGUUCCAUCGACCAUCGGUUAGCUAGCAUGGGUUUAUGAUAUUGACCAUUUCAACACCAUGAUGGUCACAUCGUGGUGUUGUUAAGACUGAACUGCAAGUACUGCAAUUAUCAUAUUGAGCAUUUCCAUUGCAAAAAAUGGGCCAUGGAUGCUGUUUUUUUUUCU